CUUUGGAUGCGUGUGCGCGGUCACGGGGAGCGUGCGUGUGCGCGCCGUGUUGACGGACGCGAGUGACUGAAGAGGCAACAUGUCCACCGCAGCCGCCGCGCAAUUGAACAACAAUGAAGAACCGGGACUCAACGGGUCCUGGGUGGCGCUGGAAAUGAAUGGAAACACUCAACCGCAGAACCUCAGUUUGCCGUCGCUGCUGGGGAACGGGAAUGAAGGCGAGUCCCAGGCUUCGCAGGCCAUUCAGGAGGAAGCAGAAGUGUUAACCGGAGGACUCGAGCACGUCCCAUCAUCCUCCUCUAUUCAUAAUGGAGACAUGGAGAAAAUAUUACUGGACGCCCAGCAUGAGUCCAGCCCCAGCAGCUCCUCCUGCAACAGCCCACCGCGACCACACAGUCCAGAGCACGAUGAGGGACAGAUCAUGUUUGAUGUGGAGAUGCCCAGCGAGAGAGACUGUCAGUCAGAGGAUGAUGGUUUGGAGAAGGACAGAGAUGAUGACAUUCUCAUGAAUAAAGGAGAGAGUUGGGUGGCAGACUGGUCCAGUCGACCAGAAAACAUUCCCCCAAAGGAGUUCCACUUCCGCCACCCGAAGCGCUCUGGAUCUGUGUCUCUCAGCAUGAGGAAGACGGGCGCUAUGAAGAAAGGUGGCAUGUUUUCUGCAGAGUUCAUCAAAGUUGUCAUGCCGUCGUUGCUGCUCACUCACAUCCUCGCCCUGGGACUGGGGAUCUACAUUGGAAAAAGGUUGAGCACACCUUCCACCAGCUCGUUCUAAGACCCCAGUGCCUGGACGUCCCGUCUCGAGUGGAGAAAAAGCAGUGGCCAAACAUGUGUGAUAAAUCUCUCUCUCUCUCAUCCACCCCACUGGCAUCUAGUGUUUGGUUCCGUGGUCCUGGUUCCACUGGUUCACCUGCCGUUUCUUGCUAUCUAAUGCCGUGGCUUUUUGACUUAUAGAUGUAGAUGUUUUUCUUUUUCUAAUUUGCAAAGGUACUAAAUUUUUUCUUGACCCUCUGUACACGCUGUUUUUACACGUUUGAGUUAGCUAUCUAGUCUAGUUAUCUAUCCAUCACUACAUCCAGACAUUUAUUUCAGUGACUGAACGGAGAGUCUGCAGUGGGUUAGUGAUGUACAGCGAGAACGUUCAACAUCUCAUUUACUCUGUUUGGUACCACAUGACAGAAUCACAGUAUUGUGCAGUAUUAAAGUGAAUUGGCUCGUAUCAAGAAAACUGAAUCUGUGAGGGUUCCGGCGUUUAAUUCAAAAUCCUUUUUAUUCUUUAAAUGUAUUAUGAGCUUGAUUUUUAUUUAGUGUUUUAUGGGAAUGAAAGCUUCGUUUAAAGAUAGCCAUGUGGUGCUUUAUAUGUGUUAGUGUUCUCGUUGCAUUCCAGCACUUCUGUCAAUGGGGUUAAGUUAGUUGUUCAUAUAACAGCAACACAAACACACACAUUUGCCUCGAUGCAUAUCCUGCUGCUUCACACCGGGUUCACGGCGGUCUCUGACUGUGUAUCUCAGUGCCAAAGUGUUUCCACUUUGAUAGUACAUCUGCCAACCCAACAGGAGUUUCCAUGCACCUCGCGCGGACAUGUUUUAAAGACCAUCGCUGCAGACUCUGUUUAGCUGUUUAUUUAUCCCACGUUAUAACAACACCGUGAACUGUUGAUAUUCCUUCAUGAAUGAAAGUACAGUAGGUGUGUAUUAUAAGCUAUUAUAUGUACAUUUGUCAGGACGGUAGAGACAGUACCCCAUAUUGUAUUCCAUAUGGCGUGUACUUUGUGCAAUGUAGUGUAGCUUUACAAAUAAAUUACUCAUCAUGUCCGAGUCAAAUUUCCCACCAAGAUCAAAAAUAAGAUGGGGAUUUCAAAUCGUAAUGCUUAAAUAUAGAGACGUUUUCGUUUGAGGAGAAUUGUGGCCUCGGUGUUCUUGGCACGCUUUGUAAGCUUCACUCUUAUGUAUUUUAGUAACACUUUAACGUUUUAUGAAGCAGAUUUUUUGCACCCAGAUCUUUGUCGCACCUUUCUCACCUUAUGCUUUUACUAUCUCAGAGGGAGAGUGGAUUUUGCGUGACUUUAACUGUGCACCUGUUUUGAGCCCUAUUGCAUGCGUGUGUUAUGAUGUAGGAGGUGAAACUGACCCCUGCGUGGGGCAGAAGAAGAACUGUGAAUGGAGAAGUUGUAGCUCAAGUCAGUAAUGAUAAACUAGCCCUGCCCUGUAUGUGUGGGGUGGGAUCACGAUCGUUUAUGUUUUACUCACAUUGUUAUGUUUUCUCUCUCUCUAAUAUAUCUUUGUUGUUGCUUUUAUUUUUUGCUUGAAUCAUGAGUGUGGAUUCUGGAGGGCGGGGCCCUCGUGACUGACAGCUCCUGGAUGUGUUUCCUUUUGAUAGCGACUGGAGCGAUGAAGCAACGAUCGUGUAGUUUCUUUUAAUUUGUCAGAUGGAGGAAAGCUGAAUAAUAUUAAAAUGACAAAUAUAACCUGA